AUGAGUGGAACACAAACACAGGUGAAUCAAAAAAGAAGGAAUACAAAGAAGAAAACUGCUGCUGCUGCUGCCAGUGUGCCUCCUACUGUGCCUCCAACUGCCAGUGUGCCUCCUGUUGUGCCUCCAACUGCCAGUGUGCCUCCUGCUGUGCCUCCAACUACUGAUGUGCCUACUGUUGUGCCUGUAACUGCUGAUGUGCCUACUGCUGUGCCUCCCACCGAUGGAUCAAUCAUAGAGGAAAUUCAACAUUUCUGGAAUGAAGCUGAAAGAGUAGCAUCUUUGUUUGACAUUCAAAUUGGAGUUCAACCUCAGCAUGAAGAAAUAACAAUCACUCAGCCAGACAUUGGAGUUGACACCACUCAGCUAGAACAACAACCUUUGUCUCAGUCUGGACCACAAAUGACAUCAAGGAAGACCUCAACAGUGGCAAACACUUCAUAUCGUCGUAGGACAAGAUCCACAACCACAUUAAGGUCCAAAUUCAGUAACACCAAGGACGACCCUCUAAACCUGGAUUGA